AUGGCACUCACCGAUUCGAAUGCAUUUGUUUCCAUGUCAUCAAGUGCUGAUCAAGACUAUCCACCAAGUAACAUUCUUGAUCCAAGCGAAAAUAUCUUUUGGAUGACAACUGGUUUGUAUCCGCAAGAAUUUAUCGUCACAUUCAAAGAACCAAUUGAUAUUCGUGAAAUUCGAUUCGUCACGAGCAACGUUAAACGUUUUGUUAUGUUUUCAACGAGUAAUCAAGAACCAAAAAAUUUCGAAACUAUUUUGGAAAAAACAUUAUCAAAUAGUGAAAAUCGACUUCAGACAACUACUCACACGCUGGAUCGCUCUUUGGAAGUUCGCCAUUUUAAAUGUGUUAUCUUAGCUGGUUAUGACAGUUUUGCAAGCGUACACGCAUUGAAAUUCGAUGGAGGAAACAAUCGAUCGGGAAAGAAAUACUAA